AGCAAAGAAUUCCUUACCUAGAAAAAUUGAGGUGGGGUAUUCUUAGGUUUCGGAUCUGUCCGAUCAUCAUCACAUGGGUUGAAGCUUCUAGUGGGGUCUUUUGCAGAUUGAAAGAGGAUCCACUUUAUACUGUCUGACAUUCAUUACGUAAUACAGUAUAACGGAAUAACGGAUAAAGCCCUUUUCCGUAUACUUAGGUAAUCAAGAAAGGAGGCCAGGGUCUGAGCUUUCCAAAAUCGUGGCCUCAAUUGAACCCCGGAUUUUUAUUUGGAGAUAGCUCCCUAAAAAAGAUACCACACCAUACAUAAUCCACACGCGACUUUACCUUCUUUUCAUCUACUCGCACAUUUUAACGCUUAAUCAAUCAAGUCGAGGGUGGUUAAUUCGUCAUUUUAUCCAUACUUUACUCUUCUAAUAUUCGCAAUGUCUUCUCCCCGACCUGCUUCUCCCGUUAACUCGCCCGCCGCUACUGGCGCGAGCACCGGCCGUCCCUCUUCCCCUGCUCCUCCCGGAGGCGCACGAACUGCCAUCCGACGACGAGCUGCCGCCGACCAAAAGGAAAAGCUCGCAAAUGUGCGACCGAGUAGCACUCGCGCCGCCGGUGCCGGUGGUAGCAGCAGCACAAUGCUGAGACUCUACACCGAUGAAUCCCCUGGUCUUAAGGUUGAUCCCGUCGUCGUCUUGGUUCUCUCUCUGGUCUUCAUCUUCAGUGUUGUUGCUUUACAUGUUAUUGCGAAGAUCACUCGACGAUUCUCGAGCUAAACGACUACCGGUGGUGGGACGAUUUAAUAAGGAUAUUACGUAGCUAUCCGAUGCGGCGCGGUAAUACGACUGCGACUUUCGAUUAGAUACGCAAGAUAUCGAUUGAUGAAGGCAAGGGGAAGGAGUCUCGACAUCAGCAGAAAUGUUGGACAAAUUUGAUGUACCAGUCUAGAGCUAUGACUCGGAUUCUAACAAACGGCCUUUGUACCAUAUCAAAAACCUGGCGGACUCGCGCAAAAAGUUUCUUUGCCUCAAUGGAGAUGACAUAAAUCGGGCGUUAUAUGCAAUUGCAACAGUUUUUUCUCCAAAGAUCGCGUUAUACCAGUGAGGAGGACGAAUAUGAACAUCCAAUGACCUAGAAGAGGUAAAU